AUGAGUGAUGAAGAAUCAGAAGAUGAAAACAGAUCCAAGUUCAAGUUAUCUAAGACCCAUCAAUUAAUUAAUUAACUUGAACAUAAGCUUUCUAUUCUUGACUAAAAUAAUGCGCCUAAUCUCUAUCCUAAUUCUAGAGAUUCUCAUCUCAAAAGCAAAUAAGAAUUGGAAAGAGAAUUACAAGAAUUUGAAUAGAGAAUGAAAAAACUUAAUUAAACUGAAAAUUCAUAGUUACACUCUUCAUAAGCAAAAUCUAUGUAAAAGUAGUCACCGCAAAAGUUGAACCUUUCUAAUCCCAUUUUAUAAUUAUUAACUCAAAAAUUAGAGAAUUUUGAUGAUGAUAAAAAUGCAAUGUUAUCGUCAAAAUUAGAUCAUCAUAAUAGAGAAUAAUAAAUACUUGAAUAAGAAUAAAUGAACUUGCUAAGGGAAUAAUAGUAAGCAAAAUUUGAAUUAGAGUCUCUAUUAAGAACUUUGGAGAUUGAAGAAUAACGUAGAUUGAAUGAAUAAAAGAUAUAAAUUCUUAAAGAAUAAGAAGAAAAAUUACUUGAUAUCCAAGAGCAAAGUGAAAAGCUUAUAUAAGAAGAGGAAGAAAAAAAGACUAACUUUUUAUUAGAAUUGUAAUAAUUAUCAUUUGAAAAAAAUUAACUAUAAACACAAUUAUAAAACUUAUCUAGGGAGCAGGAAAUGCUCACUAGUAAUAGAGAUGAAGUAUCAAACUAAUUAAAUACGUUAAUGUAGUUGCAUAAUUAAAUACUUUAAAAUGAUUUAAAAAAAAAAAUAGUACACCUUGAAGAAGAGCCAGAUCCAUCUCCACUCUAAAAUCUAUAUCAAAUUAAUUAAUAAAUAUAGGAAUCAAUGAACUAAUAAUUAUCUCUAAUUAGAUAAGAACUGAAUGAAUAAAAAUAAAUUAAUUUAGACCUAUUAUAGCUUUUAAAUGGAGAAUAGCAAUAACAAUAAACAUAAAGACAAAUGAAUUCAACUGAGAUAUAAUUAGAAUAGUAAUAAUAUUAGUAAUAAUAAUCUAACUCUUAACUACAAUUUCAAAUGUGUGUGAACAAACCUAAUUAUAAUCAAAAUGAAGACUUGGAGAGCGAGGAAAGUAUUGUUAUGAUGUAAAAAUAUAACAAUAAUUAAAAUGCUAAUGUCUAAAUUUAGAGAGACUUUAAUCAACUUUUUGAGAAGCACAAGAAAUAGUAAUCUUUAUUAUUAAUUAGAUAAUUCAAACCAAAAUAAAAGAUUCAUUUGAAAUAAACAAAAGCAACAGCAGAAAAAAGAAGAAGAUCAAUUGAUCUCACUCAAUCUAAAUCAAAAUCUAAGUCAAAAGAAAGAGAGAGUAACAUUGCGAAGGAUAAAGAGAAAAGAAAAACUCCCUUAUCGUUUGAAUAGACAUAUAAAAGAAAUAUCCAAGAAUAGUUAAAAAAAUUAAAUUUCAUUGUGGAAAAAUCUUUGAAUAAUAAGUGA